AUUCUACAAGUGAACGAAAACUGCGGGAGAAUAGUAUAUCUUUACGUACAUACACGCACCGCCUCCGUAUAAAAGCAUCUUUAAGCGGGCUGUUUUAUUAUUGCAUAAGGAGAGGUCGGGACGAUAGAGUCAGAUAGGCGAAAUGAGGGCUCUCAUUACCUGUACAGCUCUUGUCUCCCUAUGGGCUCAUUGCACAUUCGGGUUUGCUUUCUCGCCCGGUUCUUACAGGGAAGCCAGACAAAAUUAUUAUGAGAUAAUAACUAACUGUGAAAAGGAAGGUGGUGAGUGCAUGGAGGUCGAUUUUGGAACAACUGACCCGCCUUCGCCACCGGAAACCACUACCCCUGCACCCACACCAGCACCAAGGCCAACUACACGUGCACCUUUACCACCUGUACCUGUAACUCAGUCUUUCUUUUGGCCUUUCUGGCCGUUUGUUCCAACACUAGGAGCGCCUCCUCCGCCAACCCCGGCACCAAGGCCGAUAACUCUAGCGCCCAAACCAACAACUCUUGCCCCAGCACCGGUAAAAGUGAAAUCAGUUAAAGUGAAAGCAGUUAAGGCAAAACAAGUUAAAAAGGCACUAAAGGUCAAGAGAGCAAAGGGCAAGCGUCGCCAAAGAAAUCAAGGUGAACAAGAAAGGGAGGUCAGAAAACGCCGACAGGCAUUUGCUCCCGACCCUUGGGAUUAUCUAUACAAUGAAUGCACUGGGGGGUGGGAGUUUGACAUUGGGUGUGGUGCAAGAGGUGGUAAUAUUUGUUGUUAUUCCUCGAAUAAUAACAAUUACUAGGAAGUAUGAAGAUCUAAUACUCGUUGGAUGAGGUUGAAACCCGCUUCCACGUCACUGAACGAUCAACGUCACCGUCCUAUUACGUCAUCAGCGCAUCACCAUUACGUCAUUAAAAUACCAAGUGUUCCGUAGUCCGUGUUCUUAAUUUUGUAAAUAAAACCUAUUUAAUCAAGA